CGUCUUCUCCCCGGAUCUCUUCGGACCCCGGGACUCCCGCACAGCCCCCUCCCCGGACCUUGGCGGACCCCAGCACCGCCCCCUCCUCGGAUUCCCUGGAUCUUCAGGACCCCGCGCCUCCCCCUCCCCGGAUCCCCUCGGCUCGGGCUCCGCCCCCGCGCGGUCUGCACGGACAAGCUCGCGCAGCGCAGCGCCCCCCCGCCCCGCGCCCGCCUCUGCGGCUGCGCGCUCGCGGGGCCGAGGCCGAGGGGAGGGGGUCGCGCCGGGGGCCGGCGGAGCUGCUGUGGCGGCAGCGGCGACUGCGAGAAACGGAGCGAGCCUGGCGGCCGCGGGCAGGCCCAAAGGCAACGGAGGAAGCGGCCAUGUCGCGCUACACGAGGCCCCCCAACACCUCCCUGUUCGUCAGGAACGUCGCAGACGCCACCAGCACCAGGCCAAAUGAAAUCAAAAGAACGUCACCCUUGUUCUCCAAGUGAUCAUAGGCGGUCAAGAAGCCCCAGCCAAAGGAGAACUCGAAGUAGAAGCUCUUCAUGGGGAAGAAAUAGGAGACGAUCUGAUAGCCUUAAAGAGUCUCGACACAGGCGAUUUUCUUAUAGCCAAUCUAAAUCUCGCUCCAAAUCACUACCAAGGCGGUCUACCUCAGCAAGGCAGUCAAGAACUCCAAGAAGGAAUUCUGGUUCUAGAGGACGGUCAAGGUCCAAGUCAUUACCAAAAAGAUCCAAGUCAAUAGGAAAAUCACAAUCAAGUUCACCUCAAAAGCAGACUAGCUCAGGAACCAAAUCAAGAUCACAUGGAAGACAUUCUGACUCCAUAGCAAGAUCCCCUUGUAAAUCUCCCAAGGGGUAUACCAAUUCUGAAGCUAAAGCACAAACAGCAAAACACUCUCAUUUUCGAUCACAUUCCAGAUCUCGGAGUUAUCAUCAUAAAAACAGCUGGUGAACAGCAGCAGAAGAGUGCUACAUAGUCUUGAAUAUAAGUCAUUAAACCUCUCAUUAUGCUAAAUAAAAAUUCUUCAAGGCUUAUAGAAAAUGUGAGUUACUUUGGGCAUGUGCAACAAAUAAAGUCUCUCUAGCUUUGGGUUAAUAAAGAUUUGGUCUCAAUUUAAAGGGCCCAUACCACAAAUUAUGAUGUGUCUGAUGUCACCAUUUUAUGGACCAUUUUUUGUUUACCUUGUGGCAGAAUGGUACUUUUCAAAAGAAAUGGGUAAAAUGAAAUUAAUAUAGAAAAUUCUACUUGGAUAUUAAGUAUUAGUAAUACUGAUACAUUUUACAUAAAGAUUUUUUACUUUAAAGCACUUUUACUUUCAUGUAAAAAAUAAUGACUGUAUAAUUGCAAAGGGAAGACUUAAACUAUUUGACACCUUAUGUCUCUGUUGUAUCUUCUCUUUAAACUUGGACCAAUUCCUAGUGGCUGUUAGUUCAUAUUACAAAAUUCUGACAUUCCUAAAAGAAGAAUCUAUAUAGAGAUCAAGAAUUCAAAAGAUACAUUCUCUCCUGAGCUCAAAAAAGCUUUUAUUUUUACCAUGUGGAACAGUAUAAAGUUGACAUUAAAUUACAUCCUGUACUGUGUUCAUUCACUUCAGAAAUAUCAAAACAUAUAAAAAAUACUGAAUUUUGAAUGGUUGGAGACUACUCUAAAACUUGUAUACAGCACUCAUAAUCCAAAAAUACUCAUAUUAAGCCUUAUACAUUUGAAGAGUAGUGGUACAUUUUGUAUAAAAAUCAUAUUUUAUAACAUUAUUUCUACAUACCUACUUUUCAUCUACUGAAUUUCUUCUUAGAGCUCUAGCUCAAGACUUUAAAUUGUGUAGAAUAAGUCCUAUUAUUUUUGAAAGUGUUUAGUAACUUGUAGUAAGGAAUUCAAGACUGCAUCCUCUAUAAGCUUUGUGGUAUUCAGAUUUACUUUACACUGCCCUUCAUUUUUAUAAACCAAAUAACUUUAUUAUUGCUUUUGUAGUUGUUAAAACUGAGAAUUUCUUUAAAAAUGUGUUUGUAGUUUACGUUUUUCAGAGGGUUUUGGUAGUAUUUGUGAUAAAAUGGUUUUGCAUAUGAUUAUUAUAGGGAAUAUAUUUAUAGAGUUCUACUUGUGUACUUUGUUGAAUUAUAUUGAAAAUUAAAAGUUCUCAGUCCAUACAGUUAAUAUUUGUAUCUAGAGUGCAUAAGAAAAAUCUGUCUUCUAUUUUUGGCGUAUAGAAGCCAGUGUUGCUUCUAUUUUUUUUUUUUAAUACAAAUUCCAUUUUUCUUUGCGUUUUAGACCCUAUGUAAGAAACAACUUUACAAAAUAAUAUGCUGGUGAUAUUUGGACAAGUACCAUAAAUUCAUGUAUACUGUACAGUACUUUCUGGAUACAUUUUCUCUAAUCAUAGUAGAAUUUGUUUCAAAACUGCAACUCUUUGAAGUGUUCAGCUGUAAUAAAAUUUAGUUAUAAAAUUACAUGGCACUGUUGAAAAUCUAAAGGAUAGUCCAAAGAAAGAACAGACAAAUAUUAAUAGUAAUGUUUUAUAUUUUCUGAAUAAAUGUUUGGGUUUAUCCACACACAUACGCAGUCAUUUGAAAUGCUAAGUAAGAAUUGAUUAUAGUGUCUUUACUUUUCAUUUAAUUAUAUCUUAGUAAAAAGUUAAUACAGCAGUUUCUUUUUUCUUGUUUUUAUUUUUUUCAUAUGGCAGUGUUUCUGAACAUGCUUAUCCUUUGAUUUACCUCUGAUUUGGUUUUCCAUCGUAAUCUUUAGGCUUCUUAGGAGGAUCCUAUUUGAUUUGAUGGAAAAACUGGAAUAAUAGUUCAGACUUUUUUGAGCAUUGACUUGACACUGCUUUAUAAGUUUUAUAUGAUUCACUCAUCAUCACAACAGCUGUAUGAGAUAAAUACCACUGCAGAUAAGGAAAGAGAGAUAACAGAGAGGUUCAGUGAUUGCAUUAGGUCACACAGCUAUUAGAUUUUGGGAGUCGUCGGUGGCUGGACUCCACACUGCCUCUCCCUGUUACGCUUUUUGGAAGAAGUCUUUGACAGAUAAUAUGCUAAACUAAGAUAAUGUUUAGAGGGAAAGGAGAAAAUAGAAUUAGGAAAAUAAAUGAUUAUAAGUGAAAAUGGGUUCUGUGUCUUAGUGGAAAUCGACACUUGUGCUAGUUCCUUGAGAAAUUGUCUUCUGGGUAUAUCUCUAUUCAGGAUUCACUUUGGUUAUAGCAUUGUUUCUUGAACCAUUUAAGGGAGGAUACUUAUGGGUGAGAUUGUUAAUAAAGCAAAUGUUUUACA